UGGGACACAGUCUGACAGCCUUCCAAACUGAUCCAGAGAGUCCAGUGAAACCUGCCUGCUGUCUGUGCUCCACUAAGAAACUAAAAUGCAUUCCAUCAGACCUCCACCGGCAUAUCCUGAAAAGAUAACUGUUGCUCUGUUUGGAAAAAGAGUUCAGUUAAAGAACAGCAUUGGAAAUAUGAUCCUAAAUGACAACGCUUUUGUCACAACGUCACAAAAUUUUGUUGUGGCACACGACGGAACGUUCAAAGUCAUCAAUACACCUGAUUUCUUUGAUGAAGAAUAUCAGCACCCAGACCAGCAGAUUAUUGACUUCAUGGCAUUAUCUUACCCUGGACCUGAUCUGUUCAUACUGGUUUCAGACAACACCCAAGAACAAAUAAUAAUGGCUCAAGUGCGUAAACUUCAAGAUUCCUUUGGUGAAAACAUCACAACACACUUGGUCAUCCUGUUACCGGACCAAGAAAGCUUUGCUUCACUCCGUCAUCUAAAUGGCUUAUUCAACAUUUGGUUGGCAUCCAAUGAAAAUCUGGCUCGUGAAUGUAGGGCGUCGUGUUGUGGUCGACAGACGUUCCUGUAUGACUACAAGAACUACAGCCAAGACGUCGUGAUACAAAGAAGGACAGCCUUAGAGAAGAGAAGGCGUGAUGGCCAGCCUCUGUGUUACUAUGAGGGAACAGGUAACAGUGCUAAUGGAGUGUUGGACAACAUAUUUAACAUUGUUCUGCUGGGACUAACAGGGACUGGAAAGAGUGCAUCUGCAAACACCAUUCUGACUGCUGGGAACCCUGAGCUGGAUCCCUGGCAGCUUUUUAAAUCUGAGCCAAGCUCCAUGCCGAUCACCACUCAGUGUGAGGUCAAAAUAAUACAGAAACCUUUCGGGGUGCCAGUAAGAGUGGUCGACACUCCAGAUUUCUUUCAUGAUGAACUCAAUAACUCAGAGCAACAGAUAAAUGAGUGCAAGAAGUACCUUCAGCAAGGUCAGUGUGUGGUGUUGCUCGUGUUACAGUUGGGCAGGUUCACGGAUUAUGAGCAAGGAAUAUUAGAAAGGCUGGAGGACAAGUUUGGCUGGAGGAUCAGAGACAGCACAAUCGUUCUGCUGACACAUGGAGAGGACCUGAGAGGAGACCUGGAUCAGUACGUUGGCGCAUGUGUUCCCCUCAGGAAGAUUGCUGAAUCGUGUGGCUAUCGCUAUCAUUUAUUUAGCAACUCUUCCAGGGAUUCUAGGCAAGUCAUAGAUCUCAUCAGGAAAAUUCCAAAUAGUAACAAUAUUUUCCCAAAGCUCUCUAAAAAAAGAAGUACUUCACAGUGCUUUAUAUGUUAGCUUGGCAUAUGUGCUGAUGCUAUAUCCAAUUGUGCAAAUGACAAAGUGUUUUAAUCAGAACUCCUUUGACAUUAUUUACCAGAGAUACUGGUAUAAUGUUGAUUAAUGUUUUGUGCUCUACACAUCCAAGAGGUUGACCCCAAAAUUUUUUGCAGACUAAAGCAGCCAUCUUCCUGAUAAACCCUGAGUUCCAUCAGAGUUGUCUAAAUAUAUUUCUUUACUUUUUCCAGAAGCUAAAAGUCUCAUUCUGUUUAGUUCCACACUGGAAUCUCUGGAUGUGUUAACAACUUGUGUCACUUGACCAUUACCAAAUUAACAGUGCACUGAUCGGCCAUGCUGUAUGCAGUGCUCUGUGCCCUGUGUAAUUUUGUUGUAAAAAAGAAAAAAAAAAGACAAAGAAGAAAGAAAAAGGGUUUCUUUCCCAAUAGCUCUUGUUGUCUAACAAAUAUGUAGAAUGUAUUUUCUUCCUCGGUGUGUUACCACCACUAAAUGUCAAUCUCCACAUGGUGAGGAUGCGUCAUGUCAUUGUCUUUAAUAAUCCACAGUAUGAUGUUAAAUACUUUUGUCAAUAUUAUGUUUGUGCUGUAAUGAAACAAUGACAUUUUGAUGUGAAAUUACUAAUAUACUGUAUACUAAUGAUCCAAAAGAAAUAUUCAUUGUCUGUGUAUUGAUUGGUGGCACUGAUUUAUUACUAUCAGCCAUUCUGGUGAGUUAAUGAUUGAGUUUAUGCACAUGCUAUGUCACAGAUGGUUCAUAACAGGUGUGAAGGCAUUUUAUGAACCGUGUCUUUAGAUAUAACCUGAAAAACUCAAAUAAAACCACAGAAGG